AUGCCGCCUAAAACCACCGGAAAAUCGAAGAAGCCUAUGAAACCCAAAGAGGGUGGAGGCGGUGGCAAGGCAAAAAAGAAGAAGUGGUCUAAGGGCAAAGUCCGAGAUAAGUUGAACAACAUGGUUUUGUUCGACAAACCAACAUACGACAAAUUGCUGAAAGAGGUUCCGCAAUAUAAAGUAAUCACACCCUCGGUUGUGUCAGAGCGACUGAAGAUUCGUGCAUCCCUCGCACGUCACGCAUUGUCGGAAUUGCACCGUCGAGGUUCCAUCAAACUCAUCGCGCGGCACAACUCUCAACAACUGUACACUCGUACUACUAAAGCUGAAUAA